AUGGCUAAUAAACUUUCUUUGUUCUCUCUUUCACUUUCUCUCCUUUUGCUCUUCAAUGGCUGCCUCGCUCACCUCGGGUCGGAGCAGCAGUUCCAGUCCCAAAAUGAGUGCCAAAUCAAUAGGCUCAACUCCAUCGAACCCACAUCCCAAAUUCGAUCGGAAGCCGGCACCACCGAGUGGUGGAACCCCAACAGCCAGCAGCUCAGUUGUGCUGGUGUCUCUGUUCUAAGGCAAAACGUUGAACCUAAUGGCCUUGUCUUGCCUUCCUACACCAAUGCUCCUCAGCUUGUUUACAUUGUCCAAGGAAGGGGUAUUCAAGGCACCGUGAUGCCUGGAUGUGCUGAAACAUUCCAGGAAUCACAGCAAGGGCAAGGGCAAGGGCAGCAAAGCCCUAGGAGGUUCCAGGACCAGCACCAGAAGAUCCGGCGGUUCCGCCAGGGCGACGUCAUCGCAUUGCCGGCCGGGGUCGUGCAUUGGUUCUACAAUGACGGCAAUGAGCGCCUUGUUACUGUCAACCUCCUUCACACUGCCAAUAGCGCUAAUCAGCUAGACCAGAAUCCUAGAAGAUUCCAUCUGGCUGGUAACCCAGAAGAGGAACAGAGGAGACUAAGGAGAUUUGCACAACAGCAGAUGCAGGGAAGUAGAAGUGAGAGGGAGGAGAUGGAAGAGGAAGACGAUGAAGAUGAAGAACAAGACAACCCCAGCCGGAGCCGGAGCCGGAGGGAGACUCCCCGCCGCGAGAAGCAAAGCUCGUCGUGCAACAACCUUCUGUGCGCCUUCGACAGAGAGUUCUUGGCUCAAGCUUUCAACGUCGACAGCAGCCUCAUUAGGAGACUCCAAGAGGUCAAAGGAAACAAAGGCAGCAUCAUUAGACUCAGGGAAAGACUCGACGUGGUUUCACCACCCAGAAUGGAGGAGGAAGAGCGCGAAGAACGCCGGGAAGAGGAAAGACGCCGUGAACACCACCACGGCGGAAGAGACAACGGCCUCGAGGAAACAUUCUGCGCCAUGAGAAUGAAGGAGAACAUCGCAGACCCUGAACGCGCCGACAUUUUCAACCCUGAAGCCGGUCGUAUUUCCACUCUCAACCGAUAUAACCUCCCCAUCCUCCAAGCACUCGGCCUCAGCGCCGAAAGAGGCGUUCUCUACAACAGAGCAGGCACCGUUCCACAAUGGUGCAUCAACGCCCACAAGAUACUCUACAUGUUAAAAGGCCGAGCCAGAAUCCAGGUGGUGAACCAGAACGGCGACACCGUCUUCGACGAUAACGUUGAGCAAGGGCAGCUACUGACGGUGCCACAAAACUUCGCCUUCAUGAAACGAGCAAGCAGCGAAGGAGCCGAAUGGGUUUCCUUUUUCACCAACUCCGAGGCCACCAACACCCCGAUGGCCGGACGAGUCUCUGCCAUCCGAGCACUUCCUGAGGAAGUCGUGGCAGCGUCGUAUCAGAUCUCGAGAGAAGAUGCUAGGAAGGUCAAGUUUAACAGCCAAGACACCUAUUUCUUCACUUCUUCAAGGUCCGAGAGGAGGGACAAAGCUUAAAACCAAAGCCGAUGUAAUGCGUGUCCCAGUCUUGUAGCUAACUUAAGUAGCAAGUAAUAAAAGAGUGGUAGAGCUUUGUCCGCCAUGGAUUUUGUCGUGGAUGAAU